AUGUUAUGGAAGCUGUUGGAGGGUGAUCGGGCAAUCAACAACAAUCCUUCCAUGGAACAGCUCCAGAAAUUGGUCGAUGCAGCGCCGAAAAACGCCGAGAACAUCCCGGAGCCGCAGCUCGGUGCACGACCGCGCAAGACCUUCUCCAUACGGCAAAGGCGACGCGGUAAUUUCUGGACGGCCUGGACUAGACGACGGUGCCCAACUCUCCCUACCGGCUCGGACUUUGCUCUGCCUGACCUCACUCGGCUAUCACUUCUUGCUCCGAGCCCUGAACCAACAUCAGGAACAUUUCAAAGAUUUCUCAAAAAUGUUCUCAAAAACGUGCUUAACGGAUUUUUAUCGUCGGUCGUAGCCUCUCUUCCUCUGAAAGAAGGUUAUUAA